GUGCCACCAGAGCGGGCCAAAAGCAAGGGCGAUGAGGUCUAUCUGGGCGAGUCCCAGAAAUCUCCACGGAAGAUGCGGAAUCCCUGGUACUUGCCGCCCAAAGUCUGGUACAGUGGAGAGAUGGGCAAGGACCCCAAUGAGGACUUGGGCUUGGGCUUUCCCUACGACACCUACCUGGGGGAAGUUCGGCCUAAACGAGCGCAGGAGGAGGAGCCGCCCACUUUUGAGAAGGACAUUUCGGCCUUUCUGGAAACGACCAAGAAGCAUUUCCAGGCUCAGGGACAUCGAUUACCUCAUUGUCUUCAAGUUGCCGUGGGACAAAUGGGCCAUGGCUGAGCGCGAUAGAUUGCUGAUCGGUCAGUUCUUCCAUGUGACGGGUCAGUUUCUGGGAGGACACAUCUUGAGAGUUAAGACUUAA